GCGAUACCGAUAUUUGGGAUGUUCUAAGAUUUUGUAGAUGUGACAGGAAAUUCGUUGGGCAGCCAUCACUUUUUAAAGAAAGUAUGAGAUAAUAUGUGGUAACGAAUGAUUUGAUCAGGAUAAAAUCUCACUGUCGCAGGGGUCGAUAAAUUUUUCUUGGAUAUGGUUCUAACUGGCACCCUGUAGCUCUGUGUAUUUUUGUGGUCAUAUGCUGUUGAAGCAGUAUGAAUCCAUUCUUUCGUAUUGGUAGUUCAUUUUAAAUCGUUAUCUUUGUCUCGGUUUUUCAGUGUUACUGAAAAAUUGUUAAUCGAGUUGCGCUUUGAAAAAAGAGCUUGAGGUUUUGAGCUUAGCUUUUUCGGAGAUGUACUUAUUUCAUUUGAAGCCGGCUUUUCCCUUACGUAAUUUUUGUAAAAUCAAAAAACGGUACACCAAAGCUUUGGAUUGUUGGAAAUGUCAUAAAGCUAUUGAAUGUUUGAAGGAAAAGGUGUUUUGUCCAGUGUGUUCAGCCAUCCAACCAGUUGAAGGCAGAAAUUAUUUCGAUUAUUUAGGGCUACUUCCUGGAUUUGACGUUGAUCUUUCAUUAUUGAAGAUGAAUUUUCUCAAGUUGCAAUCAGUUAUUCAUCCUGACAAAUUUUCAAAACAUUCUCAAAAGGAGAAAGAAAUAUCUGAAAAUUGCUCACGAUAUCUCAAUGAAGCGUAUAAAACAUUGACCGAACCGUUGGAGAGAGCCAAAUAUCUGCUAACGUUGAAAGGGGAGCCACUGAAUAAUAAAAAUGCAAUGGGCAGCAGGGAUUUCUUGGCAGAAAUGAUGGAACUGAAUGAAUUGAUAGUAACAAGCAAUGAUUCAAAGGAACUGAAGAUUUUGUUGGAUGAAGUGGAAACUAAGAUUCAGUUGAUAGGAAGAGAAUUUAAGAGCAGCAUUGAAACAAACGAGCUUAAAAAAGCGAAGGAAGCUGUAUUCAAAUUAACCUUUUACUACCGUUUGAAGGCCGGUUUAUCAAGUAAAAUGGCAGAUAAUGAAUAA